GGGGGCGGGGCCGGGCGCGCGGCGAGCAACGGACGGCCAGGAGGCGGAAGGCGCCGCGGGGCCCGCGCUCCCUCCGGCCGCUCCGACAGCCAUGGGCGAGCGCGGCAACGGCGGCGCCCAGCAGCCCAGGAGGCGCACGGGGGUCGCGGGCGGAGGCGGCACACGGCAGACCCGCGGCGCAGAGGGAGAGGCCAGCCCGGCCCAGCGCGGCGCCGGGGAUGGCGCGGACCCCUCCUCCGACGCCGACUUCAGGUGUCACAAGCUGCAGGAUUCCCUGCUCAGCUCCGCCAGCGGCUUCAGCAACUACAGGGGCAUCUUGAACUGGUGCGUGGUCAUGCUGGUCCUCUGCAACGCCCGCCUCUUCCUGGAGAACCUCAUCAAGUAUGGCAUUCUGGUGGACCCCAUCCAGGUGGUCUCCUUGUUUCUGAAGAACCCCUACAGCUGGCCAGCUCCAUGCCUUAUUAUUGCGGCCAACGGCUUCGCCCUGGUGGCCCUCCACGUGGAGAAGAAGCUGGCAGCGGGCUCCUUAUCAGAGCGAAGUGGGACCGUCCUGCACACGUUCAACCUCUUGAUGGUCUUAUGCUUCCCUGCCCUGGUGGUGCUGGCGGUCACCUCCAUUACUCCAGUUGGGGCCACCUUCGCCCUCUCGGUCCACACCAUCUUCUUCCUCAAGCUCUUCUCCUUCAGGGACCUCAACAAGUGGUGCCGCGAGAAGAGGGCUGCGAAGGCCGCCCGAGGGGACCCAGCUUCGGAGCCCCAGAAGGCCAACGGGAACGCAGCUCCACCAGAGGUGGCCUAUCCAGACAACCUGACCUACAGAGGCCUGUACUACUUCCUGCUGGCCCCGACUCUGUGCUACGAGCUGAACUUCCCCCGUUCCCCACGGAUCCGGAAGCGCUUCCUUCUGCGGAGGCUCUUUGAGAUGCUCUUCUUCCUGCAGCUGCUGGUGGGGCUGAUUCAGCAGUGGAUGGUGCCCACGAUCCAGAACUCCAUGAAGCCCUUCCGGGACAUGGAUUACUCCAGGAUCAUCGAGCGUCUCCUGAAGCUGGCUGUCCCCAAUCACCUCAUCUGGCUGAUCUUCUUCUACUGGUUCUUCCACUCCAGCCUGAACUUCAUAGCCGAGAUCUUGCAGUUUGGCGACCGGGAGUUUUACCGGGACUGGUGGAACGCGGAGUCGGUGACGUAUUUCUGGCAGAACUGGAACAUCCCAGUCCACAAGUGGUGCCUCAGGCAUUUCUACAAGCCCAUGAUGAAGAGAGGGGCUGGGAAGUGGGCAAGCCAGGUGGCCGUCUUCCUGGCUUCUGCUUUCUUCCAUGAGUACCUGGUGAGCGUCCCCUUGAAGAUGUUCCGGCUGUGGGCGUUCAUGGGCAUGAUGGCUCAGAUCCCCUUGGCCUGGUUCGUGAGCCGCUUUCUCCGGGGCAACUACGGGAACGCAGCGGUGUGGAUGUCCUUGAUCAUCGGUCAGCCGAUCGCCGUCCUCAUGUACGUCCACGACUACUACGUGCUGAAUUACGAAGGGAGCCAGUGAGGGACUCUCCGUCCUGCCUCUCCCUCCUGAGGAUCAGUUGGGGGGGCAGCCUCCUCCCUCCGGCCUUUUCUGCUGCCUCCCUGGAGGCCCAGACCCAUUGAGGGCACCAGCCCAGGGAACGAAGGCGAUUCUCCUCCGGAGUGUGUGUGUGUGUGUGGGGAGGCAGCCUCUCGUGUGUUAUCUUGUCUGUGUGUGUGUGUGUGCGUGCGUGUGGUGGUUGCCUAUCCCUUACUCUUGAGUCCGAACAUAUUGGAUCGAUGCAAUAACCUUCCUGGUGCCCCAGUUUUUAGCUGGUCCUCUGGCAGGAUUUGGUCCCUUGAGCCGUUGCCUUCCAUCUGUGCAAUAGAGGACUGAUGCCAAGCGUGCCUGGCAGGGCAGAGGGAAGCCGGGCCACUCAGACGGGCGGGCAAAGGGGGCUGCCUCCCUGGCACUUUAGAAGGACUCAGGUUCAUUUGGGGGCCUCGCCAGCCCCAUCAGCGGGUGAGAGCAGCCCCCUCCCUCCGCUCUGCCGUCUUUCUCGGGCCGGCCUUUCCCAGGACCAGGCUCCUCUUUGCCCCUCCGUCCUGACGCAACUGGGGCCGAGCUCUGCACAGCCAUGGGGCCCUUUGGGGGAGAGGCCCCUGGGACUCUGUCCGGGAGGCAGGAGCCGUGUCCGAUUCCUGGGGUGGGGUGGGGUUCCGUGGCUCGGCCCCGUUUUUGUCAACCCUUUUUAGAGUUUGCAGAAUUUAUUCUGCCCGGUACGAAGUGAAUAAAGCAUAUUUUCAAAAGG